AUGGAGGACCUCAUGACUUAUGUUGAUGAAGAUGGGACUGUUAGGUUGUUACCCGGAUAUAAGUUUAAUCCUACUGAUGAGAUUCUUGUGGAUUUCUACCUGAAGAUGAGGGUCUUUGCUCAACCUCUUCCUUUUCAAAUCAUUCCAGAUUUUGAUGUGUUUCAAAUUGAGCCUUGGAGUUUGCCAGGAGGAGAUGGAAAGAUUUUCAAUGAGCGCAAGUGCUUCUUCUACAAUACCAUGAGUCGUGAUCUUAAAAACAGUGAUAUGAGAGUUGCAGGGAGUGGCCAGUGGAGAGUUAUGGAAAAAGAUAAAUAUAUUCCUAUCCUCCGAAAUGAUCAGGUGAUUGGGAAGAGGAAUACCCUGAAUUUUUGGAAAGUGGAAGGAGCCUAUGCUAGGAGGACCGAAUGGAUGAUGCAUGAGUUCUGUCUUGCGUUAAUUGCUAACCCAUCUAAGAUGGCAAGAUGGCAAACUGGGCUGUUUACCGCAUCUUUAAGAAUAAGGAUGAAAAGAAAUGGCGUGAUGAGGGAAAUUUAG